UGUGGCCGCUCUGCUCCUCAGCCCAAGCCAUCUCAGUCACCGCGCGCGACGCGAGGCCCGACCCUACGACGCCACCACGAGGAUGGUUUCUCUGGCCGGCGAGGCCGCCGGCGCAGUGACGCCGGAAGCGGCGGCUCCAUUCUCUGCUGACUGGAAGGAGCGGAUCAUGGUCCCCGCCGCGGCCGCCGGAGUGUUCGGAGCUGGAUUCGGGCUUCUCUCGAGGCACCGGGCGCGCCUCGGCGCUCUCCGCGCCGCCGCUACCUACGCGGCCAACCUCUUCAUCGUGGCCGGAUGCUACGGAGGGGCACGUGAACUUGCAAGAGAUGCUCGUGCUACAACACCUGACGACCUGAUGAAUUCUGUUGUUGGUGGGCUAGCAAGUGGAGCUGUUCUUGGUAGAAUACAAGGUGGCCACUUUGGGGCAGUGAAAUAUGCAGUCACAUUAGCAGUUGUGGGUACUGCAUUGGAUUACUCCGCACUGAAGCUGAGCCCCCAAUGGCAUGGUUGGAAAGAGCAUCUCUCUAUAGAUACAAAAGACUGGCUUACUCUACCCGAAUGGUCACCUAUCCAAGUACUGGAUGAGGAGGCCUUAGCGAAGAAACGAGAGCGCGAGGAGAUUCUGUUUGCGCAACGAGCCCUCGGUAAACUUAACAAGGAUGAAUCCUAGCUGCGGUACUUCCAAGGACUGCAUACUGAUAUAGGCUCAAUGAUUUUGUCAAGGCGAUAUAUAUCUUCUAAACCAUAGUGUUUGGAAACAUUGUGAAUCUGUUCCGCUCUUUUGCCCACUCACUGAGCUUUGUGAAAUAUUCAUGAAAUGUGAAAACCAUGUAGUAGAGUUGUAGUGCUGCUUGCACCUUCUUUAUGGGAUAAAAUGGUCGGAUCUCAAAUUAAACUAGUAUAUGUUUUACUAGUCCAUGUCUGUAUGUUCCUUUUGAAGUUUGUAUCAUUAUUACUUUUCCACUUAUGCCUGCACAUUGCAGCAA